AUGUCAAUAGGAGUCUCCACUGAGGAUGGCUUUGUUGAUACUACUGUUGUACCAACGACAACUUCACUAGGAGACUCCACUGACAAUGAUUUUCAGGGCUUUACUGAAACUACUGUUGUACCAACGACAACUUCACUAAGAGACACCACUGACAAUGAUUUUUCUGGCUUUAUUAAUACUACUGUUGUACCAACGACAACAUCAAUAGGAGACUCCACUAACAAUGUCUCAUUUUAUCCAUUUGGAGUUGGAGACACACAAAAUGAAUGCUCUGAUGAUGGAAGUUCUGCACUCAUUUACCUCCUGCAACCGUUUAUAUUUUUUGGACACACAUACAACCAAAUAUAUGUCAACAACAAUGGACACUUGACUUUUGAUCAACCAUGGGACAGCUACUCCCCAUACAGCUUCCCAGGUCAUGGUGGCAAAGUCAUCAUCGCUCCAUUCUGGACUGAUCUUAAUAAUUGUGAGAACGGUGUGAUCUCAUAUCAGCAGUACACCUCUGGCGAUGUCCUGACACAAGCUACACAAGACAUAAAUCAAUACUUCCCUGAUCUGAGCUUCUCUGCUUCAUGGGUUUUUGUUGUAACUUGGGACAGAGUGGCAUAUUAUUCAUAUUCAGGAACUGAAACAUCUUUCCAAGUGGUUUUGAUUUCAAAUGGCAAUCUCUCAUUUGUUUUAAUGAACUAUGGUAGAAUUGCUCCAUCACAGCGAUAUGUACAGGCCGGUUAUGACAACAUCGACUCCAGCUAUUAUUUCUCAAUUACCGAAUCACUCCAGACUGACUUCACAGGCUUAACACACAGCACCAAUGUCAAUGUUACAGGCAGAUGGGCCUUCAGAACAGAUUGUGGACCACAGGGAUGCAACCUGUAA